GUCUUUCAGUGUUUUUCAGUUCUUCUCAUAUCCUUUGCGUUUUCGUGCAAAGUUGCAAACCCUCGUCUCCAAAGCCACCAUAGGACACACGCUCACAUCCACAAACCAUGGCGCUCGACAAAUUCGUUUCAGCUCCGGGCCCGAACCCGACGACCCAACCGAGCAAGGUCCGGUGGGGAGAGCUCGAUGAGGACGACGGUGAGGACUUGGACUUCCUGCUCCCGCCUCGCCAAAUAAUCGGUCCGGACGAGAACGGAAUCAAGAAAGUGAUCGAGUACAAGUUCGACGAAGACGGAAACAAGGUCAAGAUCACGACCACGACCCGGGUCCGGAAGCUCGCUAAGGCCCAGCUGAGCAAACGGGCAGUGGAGCGCCGGUCCUGGCCCAAGUUCGGCGACGCGGUUCGUGAGGACGUUGGUAGCCGACUCACCAUGGUCUCCACCGAGGAGAUCCUUCUUGAGCGCCCCAGGGCUCCUGGUACCAAAGCAGAAGAAUCCAAGGUAGCAGGGGACAACUUGGCUCAGCUUGGUAAAGCAGGUGCUGUUCUCAUGGUGUGCAGGACUUGUGGUAAGAAAGGUGACCACUGGACAUCUAGGUGCCCUUACAAGGAUCUUGCCCCACAGACCGAUGCCUUCGUUGAUAAGCCUCCUGCAUCGGAUACCACUGUGGCUGCACCUGGUGGUGGCAAGGCAGCUUAUGUGCCUCCAAGCAUGAGACCAGGUGCAGAAAGAGCCAGUGGAUCCGAUAUGAGGCGCAGGAAUGAUGAAAAUUCAGUUCGGGUCACUAAUUUGUCAGAGGAUACUCGGGAGCCCGAUUUGCUUGAACUAUUCCGCCCAUUUGGUGCUGUUACUCGUGUUUAUGUUGCUAUUGAUCAAAAGACUGGCAUGAGUAGAGGCUUUGGUUUUGUCAACUUUGUAAACAGGGAAGAUGCUGAGAGAGCUAUCAGCAAGCUCAAUGGAUAUGGUUAUGACAGCCUUAUCCUUCGAGUUGAAUGGGCUACACCCAGAGCAAACUAGAUUAUUGGAUCUGCCAGGAAGUUGGCCUUCACAAAUUUUGUUUAGGGUUGCAAUCAUAGUUUGCUGAUAACGGUGGUUUUUGGGUUUCGUUUACCUGUCCUGGAGUAUUCAUUCUUGCUGCCCUCUUUAGGUUUUUAUUUGUCACAAGAGUUAUUGGAGAAUUAAAAUGGAUGCGAUGCCAUCAGUAUACUUUCAUCAUAUUGUAUCUUCAUUAGCCUUUUCGGUAAGGGAGUUUUUCUUUUUUCUCCCCCUUUUUUGAGUUGAAUUAAUGAUUGGAAGUUCGAUGUAUCAUUUUUUCUUUGAAGGUUUUCUGAUUCUUGUAUGCAUUAUUCGUGAUGCAAAGCACAGUUUGAUCCUAGUCGGCCUGUGGAAAACGGAAUGUUUAUGUCUCAUGGUAGAUUUGUGAUAUUUGGUUUUGGAGGAACCUUUGAUGACACAUAAAUUGGUUUA